AUGCUGGCAUGGCAGGACGGCGGGGCCAAGGCGGCUCCUUCCCACCACAAGAUCUCCUUCUCCGUUCUGGACAUCCUGGAUCCUCAGAAAUUUACCCGCGCUGCGCUCCCGGCCAUGCGCCCUACUCCCCUGGAAGCCAAGAAAAGUUUGGCAGAGGCGGAAGCAGGGAACGACGCCAGCCAGGGGGACCCGGCUGGGCAGCGAGAGAUGCCUGAUGCUGCGGGCCGAGGCGCGGGCGCGGCGUCCCCCCUGGAGGGCUCGGAGGCGGAGGACGCGGAGGAGGAGGAGGACGUGGAGGACGUGGGGAGGCGGCGGCCGCAGCGGGCCGCGCGCCUGCAGGCGGGCCCCGCGCGCUCCCCCGAGGCGCGGGCCGAGGCACUGGCGGCGGCGGAACGCAGCACGUGCGGCCUCGCGGCCUCCCCAGGCUCGCCCGGCUCCCCACGGCCCCGGCGCCGGCGAGCCGAGCCCAACUGCGCCAAGCCGCGGCGCGCGCGCACCGCCUUCACCUACGAGCAGCUUGUGGCCUUGGAGAACAAGUUCCGGGCGACGCGCUAUCUGUCUGUGUGCGAGCGCCUGAACCUCGCGCUGUCGCUCAGCCUCACUGAGACGCAGGUCAAAAUUUGGUUCCAGAACCGCAGGACCAAGUGGAAGAAGCAAAACCCCGGCGCCGAGGGCGCGGCGCAGGUGGGAGGUGGCGCGCCCCAACCCGGAGCGCCCGGGGCUGCGGCUGGGGCGGGCGGCAGCGGCGCGGGGGGCAGUCCAGGUCCGCCCGGCCCGGGCGCGCUGCCUUUCCAGACUUUCCCCUCAUACUCCACGGCAAGCGUCCUCUUCCCCACCGCCACCUCCUUCCCGCUGACGGCCGCCGCCGCCUCCGGGGGCUCCUUCGCGCCCUUCCUCGGGCCCUCCUACUUGACCCCUUUCUACGCCCCUCAUCUGUGA